UGUCAAAACAAACCUGCAAGUGUUCCCUUCCCCAAGUUUGGUCUCUGUGUUGAGCUGACUUCAUAAAACACUAUCCGAUAUUCAGACUCGUGCGACAGUUGCAGUAACUUUGUUUAGACACAUUCAUUAGAAACAACAUGACCUGUUGCCGUUCGUGUUGACAGGAGUGUCACUCGUCCUCAGAAUCAAUGGCGUCUGUGACAGAGUGGUUCACAACAUCUUGUUGCAACAUCAUGUUGUCUGCCACAGCAUUGUACUCUUCUUACAGGCUCUUUAAGGACCACAGAGCUCCUUCAGUAGGCCUCUUCCUGCUUGGACUCUCUGCAGCCCUUUGCAUCUUGCUUCCCUCCAGCUCAUACCUCGCCUCUAUCCAGAGAGAAGCAGAGUGGGCCAGCGAGGUUUUGGCUCCAGCGCUCUUCGCCUUUGACUUCCUUUGGCUCAGUGAAGACCACAACACGGCACACAUUCUCCUUUGUGGUUCCUGUAUGCUGCUGGGAUUGAGUGACUGGCUCACAGCAGACACUCUCACGCUUAUGACCCGCUGCCUGGGUUUGUCUUCCCUGUCCUGCUGCUUGACGGUGUGUCUGUUUGCCGGUAAUGCUUUAGGGGCCUUUGGCGGUGUGGCCCUCAGCCUCCCGUUGCUCGUGGCUCAGAGGGUCGGAACAAACACUUUUGCUCCACUCAUUUCUCCAGCUGCAACUGAGGGUCUCACCAAGUGUCUGUUAAAGGGCUCCAUGUCUGUUGGCUGUUGGGCCUCCACACAGGCAGUCAGCAAGUUUCUGAUGGAUGUGACUGACCGAUGUAACAUAGGCAUUUAGUAAACCAGUAGAGAUCUUUGGUGGGAGACCAAUGGACCUGUGCAAAAAAAACAAUGUGCCUAAUUUAAAAAGCAUUUCAGGAUAUUUGUGAGGAAGAUUUGAGUUGUAUUCCUUUUAUUUCCAUUGUCAUGAGAACAAAUAUUAUGAAUUUGGCUUGAUGAGCUCAGAGUGCAAAUGAACUGUUAAGACAAGCUAUUUGAAGAUUUCACCUUUGUGUUUUGGAAAUUACAGAUUUUUCAAUUUGUAGAUAACUUGAUUAAUUGGUCAAUCAAAACAAUAUACAACAACAAAGAAAAAAAAUGUUAGUUGCCGUAUUAGUUCCUGAAUUUGAGUCUACAUGCACUACAGAAUAUUCUGCUUUUACAUAUGGGUGUAAAAAUGAAAAACUAAUAGGAUGUUUAUCAUACAGGAUCAUGCUUUGUGUUUUUAAGUGAAAAGUAAAAUUGUCUGCAUGGUAAAGAAAAGUCAAACUGGAGUACUACCAUUUAAUACUACCAUGUGGAUGUUUUACUGUAUCUAAAAGCACACACAGAUACCACUGAAACAACUUAUUUGCAUGAGAGUAUGUGACCACACUUUACAACUAGUAACACUGGGAUGCAACAAUAACCUUUUUAGACAUAUUGAGUGCCCUGAUUACAUUUAUUAUGCAUUUCAAUUUCAAAAUGUGUGCAUUUUAAUUUGCUAUGUGAUUAUUUCCAAGAAUGUCAAGCAGGCUCUACUCACUUGUAGGCUAUCCACACCGCCUACAUGUCUCUCUCGCAGUUUUAUUUUUCUAGAUUCAAAAAACAUCCAGCUGCCUAUUUGUUCUGCAGCCUCAGCGCUAUCGCUGUUUGAAUAUCUGCAGUGGUCUAAGCUCCUCUGCGUUUACCUCAUCCUCAUUUGAUACUUAUUCAGGCACUUUUUUUAUUACUUACUUUGUCCACAGUGUUGUCCUUGCAAUAUAUUAAUAUUCUUUCCAGAUAUUUGUAGGGGACACUGCAGAUUCUCUCUCAGGAUUUCAGAGUUGUGAGUUUACUGCAGUAUAACACACACACACAUCUUUGGCUGUGUUCCUGUCUGUGGGACAGUGCCUUCUUCAGACCACAGGAAACAGUUUGUACUGCUUGUGAAUUUAGGGUUUCCAGAAUGAUAAUGGUAAUCAUGUUGCAUGUUCAUGUCUUUAUUUUUUGGCAAUAUGGAAGUAUUUACAAGUUUAGAAAUGUCUCAUGUAUUUAUUCUCAUUUAAUUGCUUUUGGUUGAUACCAAAUACAUUAUAAUAAAAAAACACUCCAGUAAUGUCAUUUUACAUUGAAUUUAAAAGUUAACGUGUCCGAUGGUUGGACACACAUGGACAUAUGACUCAAUAUUUUCACCUGCCGUAUGCUGUAGUUUGAUUUUUAUGAGCACCUGGAACCUGGCACGUCUCAUCCACCUCUUUCUUUGUCUGCUGGUAUCGGCACCAACCCGAAUCUGUCACUCCUCCACUGCAGCGGAUCAGGAAACUGCACUGAGCAUGCUCGCUGCAGAUGCAGCCUGUAGAUGGAGCAGGGAGAGGAGGAGAAAGAGGAGAACAGCACAGAGGGAGGCGCACACACAUGCUGUUGCAGCUUUGAGAACAAGUGCUGCAUGGGAAGAUGUGUCAUUGACAACACAGAUGGAGUGUGAAGGGGGAAUACAAAUGUCUUGGAUGUCAGAUUGUCGUCAUCAAAGAGGAAAAGAUAUGUGAUAAGGGGGGCUUGGACGGUGUAGAGAUGUACGCCUUCUACUCUCUCUUAGUCUACAUCUUCUACACUGUCUUUAAAAAGGAGGAGGAUGAGGCUUUGGAGGGGGCGCGGGGAUCUUCCUCAGACGAGUCAAGACCUGUUUCCAUGGAAACAGGGAGCAGGAGGAAAAAUGGCCACACCUCCAAAAUAAGAAAAAAGGCUGGUGUUCAGCAUGGUGAAUCCAGCAGUAGCAGUGACAGCGAUGAAAUGUCUCUGAGUGAUGAAGCUGAGGGAGAAGGCCCGGAAAUCCCAGCAUGCACUCCUCUGGCUGCUUUUCUGUCCUUUAAGCAAGAGGCUGAGAAGAGGAGGGCCUCACAGAUCCAGAUGGAAACCACAGGAAAGUUGACAGAGUCUCCCCUGGUAGCGGUGAUGUCCCACUUGCUGAGUUUUCUGGAGCAGUACUCUCACUUCCAGCAGCUGCAGCAGCAGGCUGACCAAUACCGGGUCCAGCUGAAGAGGCACCGCGUUCAGCACCGCCGCCAGAUGAAGGCCCUGCGAGCGUCAUACCGCCAGCGCCUCAGGGACAAGAGCAGCAUCAUCAGCAGCCUGGAGGAGGCCAUCAGCCAGCAACAGACGCCCAGUCCGCUGAGCGAGGGCGAGUCCAGCAGUGAUGCAGGGACCCAAGCUGGUGUUCACAGGCUGGUUGAGUCUCUGUACGGUCUGCAGGGGGAAAGGAGUCAGCUGAGAGGAGAACUCCGUCUGCUGCACUCACAGCUGGAGCAGAAGGAAAAGGACAGACACUCUCGUAUACAGGCCUUUCAACAGCAGAUCGAUGAGCUCAAGAGUUGCAUCGAGGAGCGCGAGGAGGAGCUUUCAAGACUGAGAACAGCCACCGGGGCAACAGACUCAGAGAAGCGGGUUCUGUGUCUGUCAGCAGAGAACGAGAGUCUGAAGCAGAACCUGAGCGUAACCCAAGGCCUCCUGCAGCAGCUGUCAACCAUCCCCUCCCAGUCCAGCACCAUGCUCAUCAAGGAGAAUGAAAACCUCCGCAGCAGAGUGCAGCAGCUGGAGAUGUCUUUACAGCAGCGUGCUGAGCAGCUCUCACAACUGGAGCGACAGAGCGAACAAAGCGAGUGGAGGAGAGGAGAGGAGCUGAGGAAACGAGAGGACCGAGUGAGGGAGCUGCAGCUGGAGUUGGACAGAGAGAGAGGCAAGGAGCCAGUGGUGAAGUAUGUCACCCAGACUGUGGAGGUGGAAUCACCGGCCACAUUGAAGCAGCUGACCAAAGCCAGACAGAGGAAUGAGCUGCUGUCCGAUAAACUGUCCAAUCAGAAUGAGCGGUGCAAACAGCUGGAGGAACAUAUCAGGAAGUCCGAUGAAUACAGCUGUAAUCUGCAGCACAAGAUUGCAGCGUAUGAGCGAGAAAUCAGUAAACUGAGAGAGGAGCUGUUGAAAGAGAUUGGCCACUUGGAGGAGAGGAAGGAGGAGGCUGUGAAGGCUGCAGCCACCUGCUCAGCCGAGCACUUUCAGAACCUGCAGGACAAGUUUUUCAGCUUGCAGAAGCGUCUGACUGCACUCCCUCCAACUUUACGCUCCAUGAAAACAGACUACACCAGUCUGAGGAGCCAGGUUCGAAACUUCUCAGACUUUUACGGAGCAGCUAUCAGUGAAGCAAAAAAACAGAUUUCAGCAGCUCUUAGUGAGAUGUCUGAGGCCAACAAAGAUCUCCUGGAUAAAUAUAGGAAGGAGGUUGCACUGCGCAGGAAGUACCACGAGCAGCUGGUGGAGCUUAAGGGUAACAUCCGCGUGCUGUGUCGCGUGAAGCCUGUGCUGAAGGAGGACCAGCAUGAGGAGGGCCAGUCUGCGGUGGUGACGACGGACCCCAACAAUGAAUCCUCACUCAAUGUGCUGAACAAAGGAAAGAGUCGCCUUUUUGAACUGGACAAGGUCUUCCACCCGCAGGCCACACAGGAAGAGGUCUUUCAGGAGAUUGAGCCUCUUGUGACGUCCUGCAUCGAUGGCUACCAAGUCUGCAUAUUUGCCUAUGGACAAACUGGAUCUGGAAAAACCCACACAAUGGAGGGCAGCGUGGAGAACCCGGGCAUCAACCAGCGAGCCCUGAAACAUCUCUUCAGUGAGAUUGAGGAGAGGAAGGACAUGUGGUCUUACACGGUCACCGUCAGCUCUGUGGAGAUCUACAACGAGGUGCUAAGAGACCUGCUGAGUAAGGAUGGAGAUAAACUGGACAUUAAGAUCAACCCGGAUGGAACAGGGCAGCUGCAUGUGCCGGGCCUCCGGGUCAUCGAGGUUAAGAGCUUUCAGCACAUCAAGAAGAUUUUGGCGACGGCCCGAAGGAACAGGAUCACUUUCGGCACUCAGAUGAACCAGCAUAGCUCCCGCUCCCAUGCUCUGCUCUGCAUCACUGUUCAGGGAACUGACCUUGCCACUGGCUCAAAAACCACCGGCAAGUUGAACCUGGUGGACCUGGCUGGCUCGGAGAGGGUAUGGAAGUCUGGUGCAGAGGGAGAGAGGCUGAAAGAGGCCCAGAAUAUCAACCGCUCCCUUCUGUCACUGGGGGACGUUAUACAGGCGCUGAGAGCUCGUCACACUCAUAUCCCGUUCAGGAACUCCCGCCUUACGUACUUAUUACAAGACUCACUGGGCAAAGGCAGCAAGACUGUCAUGGUGGUGCAGGUGUCUGCUCUGGAGAGUAACGUGGGAGAGACAUUGUGCUCACUGAAGUUUGCCCAGAGGGUGUGCAAGGUGGAACUAGGUCCUGCAGCCAGGAAGAUUGAAUCUGGUGGACAGUGCGACUGAUAGCCUUGAAUCAGCAACUUCCUGUUCCCAGUGAUGACCAGGUAGCCAUAAUUGCACCCUUCAGAUUGUCACCCACCCGACCAACCAAUCAUAAACGCUACAGCAUCAACAGCAAUCCUGCUCAAGGGCUAAAUCUGUGGAGGUCUGCGUGUCAUUCGAAUGCCAACCUCUUGCGGUUUGGUAUUGAGGCCUCCUCGUUGCCAUUUUCUGCUUCUGACAAGUGAUAACCUUUUAUCAUCUGCAUGCAGGAAUAUAUAUUCUUCCACUCUAAAUGUGCCAAAACAACCUCUGACUCCCGCACGGUCUAAGAUUUGACGCUUCCUUGAACUAGAAUAUGUUUCCUUUUACUAAAUACCAAAAUCCAGGAUUCAUCUGAUCAGCUUUUCUCGCUGAUCUCAAAAGUAUUUAGAGCAGCGUCAUGUUCAAACAGCUUCAACGAGCUUUCCAGAGCCACAUUAUCAACAACUUCCGUUUUUACACUAUUAAUCAUCUUGCUAUAAAUGUCUGUGCUCUGUAAGCGUCAUCUCCAAUGUUGUAUAUAUUUUUGAAGAUUGUAAUGCGUAGGAGAAUCUGUUUUCUAGUCAAAGUAUGGGCUAUUAAUCAUUUCAACGACACUUAAGUCACAUAUUCGUGUAGUUUUUGUGAACUUCAGAAGAGCCGUGUUUGAAUGCUUUCUGUUUCUCUUUAGAUUCUUGGUCAUUUGCCUUUUGAGAAUAGAGGAAAGCAUUUGAAGGAGCAGCUGGCCUUGUAUUAAGAGUGGUACUAUAAUGAACUGUGCAAUACCCUCCUUAUUGAGGGGACAGCUUGGGCCUACAUAGACCAACGAUGCACUUUAUUGGGAAAGAAUAGGAACAUUUCAGUUCAUGACAGGUAUUUAGGUGCUUGCAAUAGAUAUCACUAGUGAAUGUCAUACCAAAAAUGUCUCAUCUGUUCAAAGUUCCUCUAUUUAUCACCCGAUUCAACCGUAGCAAGACAUUAAUGUUGCAGUAACUAUCAUGAGUGCAUAGGGGUCACUUGAUGAUGUUUAGAGACUGAAUUUUCAGAUUGUUUUCUGAAUAAAUAUGAUGUAUU